AGCUUUUCUUCCUUUCCUUUUUCAUCUUCUUCAAGAAAAUCUGACCAAUAGAAAAGAUUUAUAUAUAUAUAUCUAUAUAUCGAUUUGAUUUCCGCCGCGUAUGAGAAAGUGAAAGGAAGUGCUGUUUUUCUGGAUCGUUGUCUUGGAUUCGUGCGUCAGCUUUGAAUCUGAAUUCUGUGAUUAAACCAUAAUUUGGAGAAGUUUUGUGCAAAGCUUUUGAAUCUUGUGCCGUGUGCUCGUUCGAUUCAUAUCGUGGAAAUAUUUUGUUGCUCCGCUAAGGAUGACAAUGGGGGCGCCGGUGACGCCAUCGCCAAGGAUCAAGAGGACACCAUCGUGUACUCCGGGGGGUCCGAAAGUCAGAGAGGAGAACAUUCUGGCGACUGUGCGAAUGAGACCACUCAGUUCAAAAGAACUCGCUGCAUACGACCUCGUUGCGUGGGACAUUGUCGAUGAGAACACAAUCAUCUCAAAAAAUCUGUAUCACGAGAGGAAUGCAGGGUCGUCGUACACAUUUGAUAAGGUUUUCGAUCCGAUGUGCUCUUCUCGGAAAGUAUACGAAGAAGGCGCAAGAGACGUCGCUUUGUCAGCUCUAAAUGGGAUAAACGCGACGAUCUUCGCCUACGGGCAGACGAGCAGCGGGAAAACAUUCACGAUGAGGGGUAUCGCGGAGAAUGCAAUCAGGGACAUUUACGAGCAUAUAAGAACGACUCCCGAGAGAGGAUUCUUGAUCAAGUUCUCCGCUUUAGAGAUUUACAACGAAACUGUCGUAGAUCUUCUCAAUCGAGACUCCGGUGCUCUUCGCUUGAUGGACGAUCCUGAGAGAGGGACAACUGUGGUUAAGCUUACCGAAGAGACCAUAAAAGACGAUCGACAUUUGAAACAGCUUAUAAGUAUUUGCGAAGCUCAAAGGCAGGUAGGCGAAACUGCUCUUAACGAUAAGAGCUCAAGAUCACAUCAGAUAAUCCGUCUGACCAUCGAGAGUAGCCUCCGAGAAGACUCAGGGUGCGUGAAAUCGUUUCUAGCAAGCUUGAAUCUUGUAGAUCUUGCCGGGAGCGAGCGAGCAGCCCAAGCCAACACGGACGGGGCGAGAUUGAAGGAAGGGAGCCAUAUCAACAAAAGCUUGCUAACAUUGACAACCGUAAUAAGAAAGCUAAGCGGCGGAAACAGGAGCGGACACAUCCCUUACAGGAACUCGAAACUGACGAGGAUAUUGCAGACGUCGCUCGGAGGGAAUGCUCGAACGGCGAUCAUUUGCACCAUGAGCCCCGCUCUAAGCCACGUCGAUCAAUCGAGAAACACGCUUCUAUUCGCGACGAGCGCGAAGAAAGUUACCAACAACGCGCAAGUGAACAUGGUCGUCGAAAAGACUCGCUUAAUGAAGCAGCUGCAAGAGAAAGUCGCGAGGCUCGAAGCCGAGCUUCAGAGCCCCGAUCCAUCGGCCUCCUCGUGUCUCACGACUUUGCUGCGUGAAAAGGACUUAAAAAUCCAACAGAUGGCGAAGGAGAUCGACGAGCUGAAGCACGAGCUCGAAUUAGAGAGAAGCACUCAUAAAGAGCGAAAGUUUCCGGCUGUUCCAGACCAUCACGGCCCGUGUCCAGCCGCGAAACGUCUCGACUUCAAGACGGGGUUCGACUCGAAAGUCUCGAGAAAAACAAAGAGAAAAUCGGCAGCCUCGUCGGGAAUGCUGGUCGGCGAAAUAAGAAAGCUUGAGAUGAGGCAACGCCAGCUCGGCGAAGAAGCCAACCGCGCCCUCGAGCUACUCCACGACGAAGUUUCUUCGCAGCGAAUAGGCAGUCAGGGCACCGUCGAAGCGAUCGCCAAAAUGCUGUUAGAGAUCAAACAGCACGCGGCAAAUUGCACUCCGGUACAAGUCCAGAACAAAACGACAACGACAUUACGAGAAGAGAUGGCUCGCCUGAAUUCCAUCGGCGGCAGCGGCGACAUCCGCGCUUUAGAAGAGAAACUCGCCGACGUUCAAAAAUCGAUCGAAGAACUCGCCACACGGAUUCCGACCGGCGAAGACACACCCGAGCCGAAGAAUUCGAUCAAGAGGAGAAAAGGGCUUCCUUUUUCCUUGAGCAACGCGGCGAACAUGAACAUGAACAUGCCGAGUCUUAUCCGGUCGCCCUGCUCGACGACGACGUCGUCGUCUUCUCACCAAGUGAUCGACAACGAGAUCGAAAACCGAGCUCCCGAUCAUGCAAUUAUCCGCCAAAAAAGGGAAGAAAAAAACUACAGUCGAGAGGCUGCUUCGAUCAACAUGAAGAGAAUGCAGAGAAUGUUCAAGAAGGCGACAGAGGACAACAUUCAGAGCAUAAAAGCCUACGUUACCGAGCUCAAAGAGCGCGUCGCGAAGCUUCAGUACCAGAAGCAGCUUCUCGUCUGCCAGGUGUUGGAGCUCGAGGAGGCGAACGAGGCGGCGUCGAGCAGCGACGAAGCAGAGACGACAAUGACGAUCAGCCAGUCGCCCAUUUCGUGGAAGAUCGUCUUUGAAGAAGAGCGGAAAGAGAUUGUAAUGCUGUGGCACGUCUGCCACGUAUCGAUCAUCCACCGUACCCAGUUCUAUCUCCUAUUUAAAGGCGACGACUCCGACCAAAUCUACAUGGAAGUCGAACUCCGAAGGCUAAAAUGGCUUGAGCGACAUCUCGAUGACGUUGGCAACGCCAGCCCCGCCCUCUUAGGCGACGACCCUCCGGGUUCCGUAUCCUCAAGCAUCAAGGCGCUUAAACAGGAGAGGGAGUAUCUAGCAAAGAGGGUGAGUUCGAAGCUAAGCGCCGAAGAACGGGAAACGAUGUACGGGAAAUGGGAUGUACCUGCCGACGGGAAGCAGAGACGACGGAUGCAGCUCGUGAACAAGCUGUGGACAGAUCCUCUCAACAUGCAGCACGUCAAAGAGAGCGCCGACGUCGUGGCGAAGCUCGUCGGAUUCUGCGAGUCGUCGCAGCCGGUGUCCCGGGAAAUGUUCGAGCUCAACUUUGCGCCUCUUACGGACAAGAAGACAUGGAUGGGUUGGAACUUGAUUUCCAACCUUCUCCAUCUGUAAUAACACUCGUAAGUAUCGGAAAUUUCGAAGUUCAUUUUCCGGCCUC